UGUAAUCAAAACAGGAAAAAAAAAAAAAAAAACAGGCACUUGCAGAUACAAACAGAAACACUUGACUCUGAUUAUACUGUAUGUUUCAGAAACAGUCAUACAUUUGCUAUUCCCCACCAGGGAUCAAUAGUCUUUCUGGUUACCAGGCUUACAUUAAGCUUCAGAACAGUUUUAUUGUGUUGUGUUAAUUUUUUUUCUUAAAAUAAGCUACAGGUAAUUGGAGGUCACAGAAGCAGUACGUGAUGAGGACCGACUUUAGGGAGAACCUGGGGUCCUUUGCAUUGUGCAUUCAGUGUGAAAGGGCUUUAACUGGCAUAGAAGAAUAUCAUCAGUACCAAUACCUGUGACUGACCAGCGGGACGGACAGCAAAUUUAUGGCCACCAGCUGGUGGCGCCAUUGGUAAAUGUUUGCACUAUAAUUAUUUAGUGCUUGUGGCUUAAGCCAGUCAUGUUGGUGCUUUUAUUUUGAAACGCGUGACCGGAACAGAUGCUUUUAUUCCGUGCUGCUUGACUCCAGCUAUAGGAGGGGAAAGAAACCGAGGAAAUAAACCAGAGCUUCAUCCGGAGUCAGACUCCGUCUCCGCUGCAACUUUUAUAAACUUUUAAUUCUAUUUUUUCCUUUGUUUGUUUGAUUGAUUUGCCUGAAAUGCCUGAAGUGACGAACCCCGGCUUCACCCCCGCUUCUUCCGGAUGUACUGCGAACUGAUGGAGAACGAUGAGGAGCGGAACCGCAGGCCAGAUGUGGGGCGCCGCGCUUUCCUGGACGUCCUCAGACCGUGCAGACCCAGGUCCAGACACGUGGUCGCCUUCGUCCUGGGGGUUCUGUGCCUCGUUCUGUUGAUCGCCCUCAUAGCCGUCGCCGUACGCCUGACAUCAGGUCCUGAGGUGAUGAAACUGACGCAGCCCCCCUUCGUCUCCUGCCCCCCCGAGUGGUAUCGCUUCCACAACAGCUGCUACAUCCUCUCCGACGAUCCCAGGGACUGGCUGAGCAGCAAGUCGUACUGCGAGAGCAAGGAGCUCACCUGGCCUUCAUCUUCACGGCCGAGGAGCAGAGGUUUUUGUGGGAGCUUCUUCCUGACGCCGGGUGGCGGCCGUACUGGUUCGGACUCAGCGACAACAGGACGGAGGGUCGGUGGGAGUGGACCGACGGCACGCCGCUGGGCACAGAUUUCUGGAUGACUGGCGAACCGAACAACGGAGAGGAUGAGAACUGCGGCAGCAUCGUGAAACCUCGGGGGUCGAAUACAAACUCUGCUCAGAGCUGGUACAACAACCCCUGCAGCUCCCGAUGGCCCUCCAUCUGUGAGAGGGAGCUGGACGUCACCGAGGCCUUCACCGCCCCCCCGCACUGAGCCGGCCGUCAGUAACUGUCGAUCACCGUGACGUCACAUCCUGUUUUUAUGGCGUCACUAAAACUUGACUCUUGAACACACGACUCAGUUUUAUAUUAACGACCUGAAAUUACAGAAAACAUCCACCAACUGUAUUAGUCUAAACUUGAGCCCCACCGACUGACAUGAAAGGGGGCGGGGCUUUUAUUAUGAUGUAUACCGCCACCAGCCACCAGAGGGAGCUAUACUUGCUUUGGCUUCACUUUAAAAGAAGGAGCUGUCAUUGGUCAAGUUAACAUAAUGUGAAAUUUCUCAUAUUAAUGACUAAUUUAUUGCCUUAAAAAUAUUUUUUUAUGUAAAUUCUAGGAAAGAUUUGAUUUUUUUUUUGUUAAUGGUGUUAUUUUUGCUUAAAUUGAAGUUUCGUCUGGCAGAAUUGAUUUGAAAGCCUUAAAUAGCAAUGUAACGGGCUCCUUUUUGAUAUUUGGGUUUUGUUUGGAUCUGAUAGUGGAUGUGAAAUUGUUACAUAUGAGAAAGUAUUUCUCCUUGUACUUCAUUGUUGAAGGAUAUCAUUAUUUAUGUUAACUGCGUGGUGCUGAUGGACAGCUCCUUGGAAACUGUAACACUGAAGGUGUAGAAUUUGAAUAAAAAAAAAGCGUGUUAGUGGUUUAGAUUAUAUAAGUGCUGACCAGACUUUACACAUGUUCCGAGUUUGAUUUGUUUGUAACCUUUGUUUUUACUACGAUUCGAGGGGUUUAAAGACCAAACAAGCCCAAAGCUCAAUAAAUGGCGUUUCUCUA